CCCCUGACGUUGUCUCGUUCAUCUUCAUCCGUCGUCACUCUCUCUUGUUUUGUGGUUUCUUAGGGUUUUUUUUUUGUUGGAUCCGCAAUGGCGAAUCUAAUGCAUAGAUUCAUCAAGAACAAGUCUUGCUUCAAUUCAAUCCAGAGGCUUACUAGUACUACUCCAUCUCUCUUCACAUACCAGAAGCCCUUCUUCAUCAACAACAACAACAUCGAGUCUGCUUUUGAGAAGCCCGAUCCAGUUUCUCUAGUUAACCCUGUGAUUACAGUCUCCCGGAAUGAAUUCGAUAACCAACCUAUGCGUUUUUACCCAAGUUUCUCUAUGGGGUUAUGCUUGAAUCCCAAUAAUAAGAUCCAAGGUCUGGAUCUAGCUGAAACAAAGGAAGAGGAGGAUGAGGAGAAAGAUGCGAAGGAGAUUGUGAUUUAUGCUGAUAGUGUGAAGAAGAAGAGAAAGAAGAAGAUGAACAAGCACAAGUAUAGGAAACUCAGGAAACAGCUUGGUCGCAAGUCUUAGAUUUUGCUGCUUCUCUUUUUAUUUGCUAUUCCGGUGAGAUUUUCAUUCCUUUCAUGUCUUGUCUAAGAUUAGGAUUCAAAGGAUGAACCUUUUUCUUUGAAUUGGAACAAAAAGUUUCUUUGAAUAGCCUUUGAGAUUCCCAUAUUACAGAUUACAACAUUGCAUUGUCAUUAGUCAUCUGUGUUCUUCUUUUGUUUUGUUUUGCCAACACAUUUCUAAUAAGAAAAGCUGUGUUAUGUCUUUAUUAUAACGUCAAUUGUUUGAAUUA